CAACUUUUAACUUUCUAGGAACUCCGGAACUGUUUUAAUCAGAUCCACUUUCAGAUUUCUCAGCUCCUUCCGAGAUCAGUUUUGCAGGAUGCUACACUUUGUGGACCAUCUUCUGGAUUCCAUAAAUUUAGAGCGCACGUCCUUCCGUGUUUAUGCCAUCACUGCCCUGGUUCUUCUCCUUCUCCUUUCGGUUUUUCGUUCAUUACUGAAGUUGGCAGUAUUUAUCUACGCAUAUGCAGAAAAUGCCCGCCGUCUAUGCUGUUUUCCAGAACCUCCAAGACGCAGUUGGUUAUUGGGACAUCUGGGAAUGAUUUUGCCGAAUGAAGAGGGACUGACACAAGUCAGCAGCUUAGUCUCUACUUUUCCCCAAACCAUUGUGACCUGGAUGGGCCCAGUCAUCCCUGUAGUAUCACUGGUUCACCCAGACACUAUCAAACCUAUGGUGGCAGCAUCAGCUUCUAUUGCACCAAAAGAUGAGUUGUUCUACGGUUUCCUGAGACCAUGGUUAGGUGAUGGCCUCUUGCUCAGCCGUGGAGAGAAGUGGAUGCAACAUCGACGUCUACUGACACCGGCCUUCCACUUUGAUAUCCUUAAACACUAUGUCAAGAUCUUCAACAAGAGCACAGACAUCAUGCAUGCGAAGUGGAGGAGGCUGGCAUCAGAGGGACCUGUGUCACUGGAUAUGUUUGAGCACAUAAGUCUUAUGACAUUGGAUUCACUCCUGAAAUGUACCUUCAGUUAUGACAGUGAUUGCCAAGAAAAGCCGAGUGAUUACAUUGCUGCUAUUUAUGAGCUGAGCUCUCUGGUGUUGAAACGUAAUAAUUGUCUUCCUCAUCACUUUGACUUCAUCUACCGCCUCUCCUCAAAUGGAAGGAAGUUCCGCCAGGCAUGCAAGACUGUGCACGACUUUACAGGUGGUGUAGUGCAACAGAAGAAGAAGGCUCUACAAGAGAAAGGGGCAGAAGCCUGGAUCAAGUCCAAGCAAGGGAAGACCACAGACUUCAUUGAUAUACUCUUACUAUCAAAGAUCCUUAAUAACUUUGACGAUCUUGAUCAUACCAUAGGAACACCGUGGAGGCAUGGAGUAACAUUUAAUGACGCAGCGGAUAUCCCUACACAACAUAGGGGUCCCAGUACAGAGGAGAGACAACCUCCCUCUGAGUUCUCAAGGGAUAAUCAGCGCAAGUCCGGACAGACACUGGAGGAGAAGAGGAUUGACCUGCAUAGGAGAGAGCCUGUGAAAAGUAACAUCAAAGUCGAUUCUUACACCCCUAACUCUGCUGAAAACAAUGGCGAUAAAACUCUUGCCUACGAUCAGGCAUGCUACACGGUGCCUACCCUGAUGGUGUUUCAUAAGGAUGCGGUCAGCUCUCAGGGAUCCUCAGCAGUAUCUCCAAACUUGAAAGUCACCAACCAGAGCCAUGAGGCAAACUCCUCAGCAAUUCUCCAAGCCUCUUGUCUCUCUGAGGAACGGCCUAUGACCAAAUUCUGUGGACAGCGUAACAAGGUGCUACUAAUUUGUAUUCUAACUUUGGCUGCACCUCAAGGUCAUGAUACGACAGCCAGUGGGCUUUCUUGGAUUCUGUAUAAUUUGGCUCUCCAUCCAGAAUACCAAGAGAAAUGCAGAGAGGAGAUCAGAGAGUUACUGAGUGGGAAAGAAAUCAAACACCUGGACUGGGAUGAGUUGUCUCAGCUGCAAUUCACAACAAUGUGCAUCAAGGAGAGCCUGAGACUGCAUCCUCCUGUGAUAGGAGUGUCCAGAUGCUGUACUGAGGACAUAAAAUUGCCUGAUGGCAAAGUCAUCCCCAAAGGCAACAUCUGUGCAAUAAGUAUCUAUGGAACCCACCACAAUCCUACAGUCUGGCCGAAUCCACAGGUAUAUGAUCCAUAUCGCUUUGAUCCAGAAAAAUUUCAGGAGAGGUCGUCACAUGCAUUUAUUCCAUUCUCUGCAGGUCCCAGGAACUGCAUUGGACAGAACUUUGCUAUGGCUGAGAUGAGGGUCGUGUUAGCCCUGACCCUUUUACACUUUAAUGUCACCCUGGACCAAACUAAAUCCGUGCGCAGAAAGCCUGAGCUGAUAUUACGUGCUGAAGGCGGAUUAUGGCUGCAGGUAGAGGCACUGAAAUCCUGAUGUCACUUGAACAGAGGAAGCUAAUAGUGUAAUAUCCUACACAAAGGAAAAAGAGAAGUUGCAAACUCUUCUCAUGGUGGAAUAUUUGAACAACUUACUGAAUAUAAUUUAAUUAUAAAAUGAAAUAUAAUAAUUUUUA